AGCCGGGCACCCCCGAUGAGAGCCGCGUCCCCGGCCCCAGCUCCUCGUGCUGCCGUUCCUGCCGCGGCUCCACCCUCGGCCGUGGGGGCCCCGGCGCCCAAGCAGCCUGGGCUGAUGGCUCAGAUGGCCACAACUGCCGCGGGGGUUGCCGUGGGCUCGGCCGGGGGACACACCUCGGCCAUGCCAAUCGGCCAUGCCCUCACGGGAGGAUUCAGUGGAGGAAGCAGCUCCGAGGCUGCCAGGCCUGAUAUUACUUACCAGGAGCCCCAGGCCGCUCAGCCUGCCUACCAGCAGCAGCAGCAGCAGAUGGCUCCUUGCCAGUAUGAGAUGAAACAGUUCCUGGAGUGUGCACAGAACCAGACUGACCUCAAGCUGUGCGAGGGCUUCAGUGAGGUGCUGAAGCAGUGCAGGUUUGCCAAUGGUCUGGCCUAAGCCUGCAGAGCAAAGCUGCUGAAGACCAUCCGGCAAGAACUGACCUAUGAAUGAAAAAAAAAGCUUCAGUAAUAAAGUCUAAGCUGUCUGAUAUCUUGUUAGUUCAUACAUUCACACUCUCAUCCUCAUGGCUUGACUCCUGCCAUAGCUGCCUCAGAUGUGAUGCAACUUAACAGCCGCAAAUUAAUCUAGCACAAAUUGGAAGAGUGAAUAAUAAAGCAGAAUGA